AUGGGCGCCGUCAUGGGAGCCGGGCGAGCGGUGGGACUGCUGCUGCUGCCGGUUAUGCUACUGACGAUGCCUGGAGCCCAAGCGAACUGUGAGGAGACAGAGUACUCCCAUCAAGGUCUCUGCUGUGUAUUUUGUGAAGCAGGUACUUUUGUUGCUGAUCACUGCAAUGCUUCACAUUUGAGAGGAAAAUGUGACCCUUGCAAAGAAGGAAAAGACUUUACUCCCCACGAGAACAGCUUGGAGGAAUGCUUGCCUUGCAGACAGUGCAAAGAGGAUCAGAUAACACUGAGAUCCUGUACUCUGACACAGAAUGCUGAAUGCCAGUGCAAACAAGGGUAUUUCUGUGCUGAUGAGGGCUGUGAAAGAUGUCAGAGAAACAGUGAAAUGCAUCCAGACGGGAAAGAGGUUGUACUGAAUUCCACUGAUGCUACAGACCCAAGCUUACCCAAUCAAGGGCAGGGAGCUCUUGUUUGGGUUAUUCUGGUGUUUCUGUUUGGUUUGGUUCUGCUAAUUGCUGUUAUUAUAAAGCUGAAGUGUAAUAAAGCUGCUUCAACUGGUGAAGAUGCAGAGGGAGGUCUGGUACAAGAAUUAAAUGAGAUAAUUGUUAAAGAUCUCUCUCAAAGUGAACUGAGCAAGACCUUUGAUGUCUUUAUAAAGGAAGUACCACCACAACAGUGGAAGCAGCUUAUGAAAACACAGCUACAGGAAAAUGAUAUUGAUAAAAUUAUUUCUAAAUUUCCUAAUAAUAGAGAUGAAUCCUGUAAGAUGCUUCUCGGGAAAGUAACGUGUAUUACUAAUUUACUGGAUGCAUUGAGGCACGGAUGCAUCAAUAAUGAGGCUUAUUACAACAAAUCGAACACCUUAAAAAGUAAUAACCUUUUAAGCAAACUAGAAGCUGAAGAUUAAUGUCUAGGAGGAACUGCAAAAAUGUUCCUGGGUACAUACGUGUGUCUUUAGACUUCUUUAAAUGAGGGUGUCAGAAACUGCUAGUAGAAAUGGAGUUGAUACCCUCCUUAUCUCACGCAGAGACCUGGAAGGUGUGAAAUGUCUCUGUUGUUUUCAUGUUUACAUGACCUUCCUACCUUUGAGUUGUAAAAUACGAAACUCAGGUGCUGGAUGCCUACUUGGGAACCAAGAGCUCCGGCAUCCCUUAGUGUGUGGCCGUGCUUGGGCUGUCCCAACCUGGGUGGCGGGGACCAAAAGUCCGCUGCUG